UAAUAUGUACUUGUGAUUUUCAGAUAUUUUGUUAUUUGGUUUUGACUAUUUCUUUUGCUCACUUGUUUAUUUUUUUAAUUUUUUAUUGCCGUUUUACUGUAAUUCAAAUUUCUCUAUCUAUAUUUAAAUAUCAUUGAAGGUAAACUUAAGAUAAAUAAUGACGGAAGCUGUAGUAAGUGGAAAAGAUACUCGUUGUUUAUUUAUUAACAAUGGAGAUGAUUUGUUGACUUUAAAAAAAGUUGUAUCAAAAAAGUCAGACAAAGAUGAUUGUGAGAAACAAAAACAUAAAAAGUCUAAAGAAACGAAUGGUAGUGAAUUAAAUGGAAACCACAAUAAAACUGAUAGCAUAAAUUUUGAUAUUGAUAAUACAUCAUCAUUGGAACCAAAUUUAGAAAUGGACAGUGAUACAGAUCGUAAUAUUACAAUUGAUUCAAUUUGUACUCAAGAAGAUCGAGAAUCAGAGAAUAUAGAUGUUUCUAAUGAAAAUUCAAAUGAAGCUGACAUUAAAAAUGGAGAAAAAGAUAUUCAAGCAAUUUCAAUUAAAUGUUCUGAUAUUCCAUAUUCACCAAGUGAAUCAGUGGAUGAUAUUGAGUAUAACGAUUUGGACGAUGAUGAUUUGGAAUUAAACAACAUUAAAUCUCCAGCAUCUUAUUUUAACAUUUCAUCAAGAGCACCAUUACAUUCUCAUGGAGAAUUUGACAUAACAUUAGAAGAUGAUAUUUUACCGUUGGAUGAAGAAAUAUUACAAAUUAAUGAUAAGAAAAGAAAAUUUGAAAAUUCACCAGAAGAAGAACAGAAAACCAGUAAAGUACUUAAAUUGUGGAAUAUUAUGAAAUAUCCUUUUCAGAAAAUAACUACUGGAACAUCCUUAAAUGAAAAUGAAUUGAUUACAUCUAAACCUGAAGUCAAAAAUAGUGAUGAUAAUCCUAUGGUAACAAAUGUGAGUGAAAACAAUAGUGAUCAUUUUGAAAUCGGAGAAUCAAAUAAAUUAGUUGAUCCAGAAAUCGAAAUAGAAGUUAAAGAUACUUCUGAAACUUCAAAGAAAUUUUGUACUAUAAUGUAAGGUAUACACUUAUGAUUGUUGUAAUAUUCUUGUUUUAAAGAAAUUUAUGUGCAUAAUAGUAAAAUAAAAGUUUAUUAUUUUAGAUUGACUUUCUUCUCAUCAAAAUUAUUGUACUUGAUAUAAAUCCUCUUUUAUACUAUAUGAUACUCUAAUUUGUUACUAUUUUUUUUUUUUUUUACCUGAACUUAUCCAUGACCAUUUACAUCAUCUAAAGUACUAUUUUAAUCAAACUUUGGAUAAUAAUUUUACAAACAUUUUAUGUUGUUCCUUUGUAUAACAUAGUUUAUUAUGGUCUUAUUACUAUAAUUACUAAUCUACUAAAAAACAGUAUUAUGUUCCAAAGCAGUAAAAUAU